AUGGCGUCUAUAGAAAAGAAUCUCAAAGUUUUUUCCAGAGAUUGUUUCAACAGCUGUUGCGCAUUUCCUGUAGAUGAUAGUGGAGGUAACGAAGAUGGGAAGAGUAAAGAGGUUCUUGAAUGUUCUUCAAGAUCCUCUGUUUUUAAAACAGGGGAACCUCUGCUGAUUCCUUCUUCGAACCCUAAUCCAAAUUCUUAUCCACUAGAGAACAAGUCCAAUCUGUUUUGUAAUCCGGGUCAACCUGAGACCUCGUCCAGAAAUGGUGUCAUCAUAGGAGCUUCUUCUCUGGUUCAGAUUUGGGAAGCUAGGUCGCAGCAGUCAAGCUCGAGUCUAAGUCAAUCGCUAAUCGAUAGCAGGACUAGUUCUGGAUUAAGUCUGUCAGACAUUUCAAACUCGAGUUUCUUUUCGGAGUUUCUCAACGACGAGGCUAGAAAAAGCAAUGAGAGCAGCGGUGAAGAAAUAGACUGGUUUCCUCAAUCAGACAUGAAUAUUGUUUCACAUUCUUAUGAGAAUGAUAGAGAAGGAAGAUGGUUCCUUGAGUUGGCUGCUUGUACCCCAAGGGUCAGAGGACGACCAGCAAGCGAAGAAGUUUGUAAGAUGAUUUUGCGUGACCGAGAAAAUGAUCUCGAAUGGCUCAGUAAUCGCAACGCAGUUUCAAAGUUCUCACCUCGUGGAUGCGGGCGUCUACAGUAUAUGCUUAGAAUCCAAAGUUUGGAAAGGUGCAUUGCCAUUCAAGAAAGAUAUCAGUCAAAAUCAGCGAACUCCGGUGUAAUCCAAUCUUCGCGAGGAUCUAGUGUGAUGAAUCACAGAUUUAAAACAAAUACUCAGAAAGGAUCUUGGGGACAUUUGAAUAGCGCGGUAGAAGCGAAAAAUUUAUCUAGACCAUUAUCUUUUCGGGUGAAGAGGGUGUGUAAAAUGGCCAGCAGAACAGAAGAAGAGAAUGUUCUUCAAGAAACAAGGGAGAGCGGUAGCACAAGGGAGAAUCAGGACGCUUCUUAUACGCCGAAAAUCGCUAAGAAUCCCGUCUUGACUGAAGCUGCAAGAAAUAGGAAAGGUCUAAACAAACCUGAAACUGAGGGGAAAGUUACAGAAGAAGGAGAAAGGUUGAGAAACGCGAUUGUGGAGGAAACUGAAGAAACGAACAAGUCCUCUUCAUUGAGUACUGCAGAGAAGGUGAAUAUUUGGGAUUCUAAGGAGAGAGCUAAUAGGAGAAUGACUAUGGGGAAAGCUAAAGAUGAGGUAAUAGCUGCAAGAAGAGUAAUUGAUGUGAAGACUGUAGAGAGAAACAAAGAAAGGCGAAAGAACGAAGAAGUUAGUACUAUUGACAAAGGAAAAACCGUGGAGAGUGAGGAAUAUAGAAUUAACCCUCCAAAAGUUACAUCAGUGGUAUGUUUGGAUAGAAGUAAGGAAGAAGAAACUGCAAGUCACAUAUUUAGAGAGAGCGGUAAAGAGGAAAUUUUAUUACAAAACGACAAAGAAACAUCGAAAGCCGAGAAGCAAGAAGCAUUAGAAACAUUGUCUCUGAUUCUUGAACCACCAAUAUUUCCAAAUGAUUGGGAUGAAAGUGAAACGGAAUAUGAAGAAAAUGAAGAUUAUUUUGGAGAGAAUACAUUGUAUGAUGAUUGGAUCAGGGAUAUAUCGCGGCCACGAAGUUAUUGGGAAGCUCUGAGGAAACAACGGGAGGACGAGGUUAUGAACAAGAAUGCAGAGAAAGAUGAUUUGCAGAACAUGAUCAAUACAAGGACCGUUUCUACCUUCCUCGCAGGUGAUUUUCGGAAAAAGAUUGAUAACAUCAUGAUCUCAUAUGUACAAAAGAGGUUAGAAGUAGAAAUCAUUCUUGUAGAAGGAGAAGAAGAUGACGAGGAGAGUUUGGUUGAGUAUUCAGCAAGGUACCAUGAGAACCUAGAAGAAACUGAAACAGAGAAGGUAGAUCUUGAACCAAUUACUGAAACACUUAUGAUAUGUGGUCUCAGACAACAAAUCAAACAGCUUCAAAGAGAAAUGCUCGAAUCAAACAGCUUCAAAGAGAAAUGCUCGAACUACAAAGUUUAG